CUCAUAACCCAUUAGGCCUACAUAAAGAACAAGCCCAUUCCCAACAAGAGCCCAGGUUGAUUCAACCCAGUCUAAUUCCAUUCCCAAAAUCUUCUCCGUUUGUCAGUUGCAGUGGUCUCUACAGAGCUCGUGGGCAUCAUCAACCUUGGUCGAUUGUGGUUAGGUUUCGCGUGCAUUCGCUUGCUAAGAACUUUUAUCCAGCAAUUCUUCUGGCAGAGUAUUUUUUUGUUGAUUUAUAUAUAAAAUAUUAGGGUUAGGGUUUAGUCUUUGCUUGAAGUCCAAGAAUGAGUACCUCAUUGAAAAAGAGUCGUCGAGGUGAUGGAGAGAGUUUUGAUAGAUUCAGCAACAUUCCCGACUGUAUUGUUCAUAAAAUUCUCUCCCUCCUUCCCACCAAAGACAUCGCUCGAACCAGUCUCGUCUCCAAACGAUUCAGAGAGCUAUGUCUCUAUGUCCCAGAUCUGUUUCUUGAUUUUGCUUCACACAUUCUGAAAAAUUUGGGCAAUUGGACCGAAAGGUUUCUGACUCUGCGUAAUGGCGCGAAAUUGCGGCGAUUUGUUCUGAACUCGUCCAAUCUACUUGCUCGGUCUCCGAGAUUGGAUGCUCUUCGUGUAAGCAAAUGGAUUCACAAUGCUACAGUGAUUUGUAACGCUGAGGAGCUUGAUGUAUCCCUUGAAAUGUCCGAAGAUGAAUGCAUUUCUCUACCACUAUCCAUCUUCGUAAGAACAAUCAAUUUCCGUCUUGGAAAGGGCAUUCUCAAACUGCCCUCCUCUAUAUCUACCAGCAGUUUCAGUUCCCUCCAGGUUUUGGAGAUAAGAAGCUUAUCUCCUCCUCAGAACUUAGAAGAGGAUUGGGUAUCAUCUCUCUUCCCCGUGAUUAAAAAGUUGACUCUGGAAAAUAUAAUGAAUCUAAACAAUCUCAAUAUCACAAGCUCCUCUCUUGAAUGUUUGAGCUUAAUCUUCUGUGGGCUUCUCAGUGUCACUGUAUCUGCAGAGAGACUCCAGACACUUGAUGUGGACAUAUGUUACCAUAGUAGCAUGUCCGUCUUGGACGAUUGGUUGUUUAGAAUUUACGCACCCAGCCUUCAAAAAGUCUAUUGGGGUGAAGAUCUUUUUGUCUUCAAGUCGAGCUCCAUAUGCCUACAAAGUGCCAGCUUUGAUACUUCCAGGCUUGUACAGAGUGCUGACGUGCUUCUUCAAUUUAUAAAACAUGCCAAAUCAGUUGCACUGUUUAACAGCUUUCUUGAGGAGGGGAUGUUUACAGAAGAUUUAAGGCUGCUGGAUAAUGUGCAAAACUUGGAUACAGAAGUUCGUUGUGGGAAGAAUCACGAAAUGACUGCAUUGGCCGGUUUUUUUAGAAGAUUGCCUAAUCUGGAGACCCUGACUAUGAGAUGCGAUGAGUAUUGCUUUUCUGUUUAUAAAGAAUCAAAUGACUUGUUGGCUUUAGAGCCACAUGAUUUUGAUAUAGAGUACUGGGAGUCUCAGGAGAUUGCAUUUAUUCAUCAUUUGAAGGAAGCAAAUAUUGAGAUUCAUCAUUGGGGAUUUGAAGUUGGACUGAUAAAGUAUUUGAUCAAGCACGCGACAGCACUAGAGAGGAUGACUGUCACUUUCUCAAGAUAUGUUGAUAUUAGUAGAUCGCCGAUUCGCAAAAAAUUGUCAGAAUUCCAUGAGACUUUUUCUCGCGCAACAUUAGAUUUUGUGUUGAAAUGAAGCUGUUAGAAAAUUACUUUUAUGUCUUUAAUACUUAUAUUUUCAUAAAGUUAGAACUUCAAUGUCUUAAUGAGAACUUAACUUUACACUUUGUAUUCAGAAGAAUGAUGCUCAACUAAAUUGCACUUAUGUUAUUGACAA